AUGUCUUCCCUGUUCAUUGUUGGUAUAAGGGAAUCCAGUAAUUGGCGACGAGUCAGUGAGUAUGUAGGUCAUGUAGCAAGUAAAUGCAUUAUGGUGCUAAUGCAACAAUAUUAUUUUUUGAAAUGGCUAGUAAAGAUUUUGAUUAUUUUGAUAUUUACACUUUUACCACUAAUUAAUGAGAUGAAUUCCAUAGUACCAUUAUUAUCUGUAUUCGUUAGAGAUACAGACUGGUUACUAGUACCUUCUAUAUAUAAUAAAGGAAAAAUAAAUAAUGAUUUAUUAAUUAGAGUAAAUUCAUGGGAAUUCAUUGCUCUAUCUUCAUUCACAAGUGAGAAUGAACAAAAAGGAUUUUAUAAUAAUGGAUAUAAUGUACCUAAACAUGACAUUAAAGAGUUUAUACGAAAGAGGAAACAUAAAUCUAAAGUAACAGAUUCACUAUCAUCUUCUGAUAUUAAACCAUUAUACGAAAUAAAGGAUGAGUUUUUGAUAGAUAAUAGCAAAAUUAUAACGAGAAAUUCUCGUCAAUAUCAAAUAUAUAUGACAAAUUUACAAAACAAUAACCAUACACAAAUGAUUGGAGAUACUAAUGGUAAUAUAUUAAAAUAUAAAUACAAGAAAUAUACUAAAGAACAAGUUAGUAUAUGUAUAAACUACUCAUUAUUAAGUUUGCAUAAAAUCUUUAAUAUGAAAUGCCCAAUUAAUAAUAAAAGAAAUUAUAAGAAUAAGAAUUUGAACUUACAACCUAAAGUAAACUUUAUUAAUGUACCUAACAGUUGGUGUUCAUUAUAUACUCAUAAAGAUAAUAAUAAUGGUCAAUAUUUUUUUACCUUUAUACUUCCAGAAUUAUAUUAUAAAUAUAAACCAUCAUAUAUAUUUAAAGUAACAACACUAAUAUUUGUUGUGUUUAGAUGGUGCAUUUUACUAUUUAGGAUGGUAAUGCAAGUCCUACCUAAUCAAGAUAAUAAUACUUAUACUAAUGAAAGAUAUAGUGAUAUUGCUAGAAGUCAGUUAAUAUUUUAUAAUCAGUGCAAAUCUCUCUUAUCUUUUAGUACUUUUUAUAUUUGGUCAUUAUCUUCGGUAUACUUAUUAUAUGGUUUAACUCCAAAUAGAUGUACACAUGUUCCAAGAAUUGCAUUACAUGAAUCUGUACAAUGGAUUCUCUGGAUAUCCCUUGUUACUUCUUGCUUAAGCUUUCAAUUUGCAAAAAUAAAUAAAAUAAGACAAGGUAGACAGGAAUAUAAUUCAGAUAGAUAUAUUGGAGAAUCACAUACAAAUGAUACAGUAGAGAUAAUCCAUACAUCACAAACAACAAAUGGACAAAGUACAACUCAAAAAAUUUUGGGCCAUGCAUUGAUUAUUUUAGCAUGCUGUGGAUUUGGUUUUUCUUUAAGUGGUAGUGUAAUGUUGUUAACUACACAAAUGACAAGUCCAUGGAUAAAUUCAAAUUUAGUAACAAUUAUAUGUCAAUGUUGUGAUUUACUUCUACGUGCUUAUCUUGGUUUAUUACACAAUAGUAUAAAUUGUGAAACCAAAGAGAGAUCAAUCAAUUGUUAUAAAUAUAUAUUCCCUUAUUACUUAUUAAGAGAAGAAGAAAAGAUCAACUGCAAUGGUGAUGGUAAACGUGAAUGGAUUGUAAAAUCUAUAUCUAAUCCUCCUCCACUAAUAUUUAGACAUUCUUUUAUAUCUAUAAAGUUACAAAAACUUUCACCAACUUUUUAUAUGCAAAGCUGUUUUGAAAAUAAUAUUACAUUAUCAAAUAAGGGAAGAGAAUAUUGCAAUAUAAAUACAUUACCACUUGAAAGUAAAGUAGAGGAUUUAAAAGAGAAUGAAGAGAGAAGUAAAAAUAAUAGUUAUGAUAGGGAAAAUACUUAUUUAAUGAAAAAGCUGUCAUCAGAAGAUUCUAAGUUAGUAAUCUACCCUGAAUUAUCUGAGAAGACAGAUGAUAAUUCUCCAUGUUCAUCAUCAUCAUCAAACUAUUCACUCUCUGAUGAGAUCUCUAUUUGUAUGAUAUGCUAUGAUAGAGUAAGCAAUAUUGUACUCUCCCCAUGUUAUCAUAGUGGGAUAUGCAGCAAUUGUAUUGAUGAGAUAAUAAAGUGGACAGUAUGCAAAUUAAAAAAAUCACCUCAAUGUCACUUAUGCCGUUGUCCAAUUGAAAUAGCCUGGCAAUUAGAUAAUAAUAGAGACUUAAGAAAUGAUGAAAAGGAAAGUGGAAACUAUUCAACGGAGGAAUAUAUUUCCCAGACAUGCAUAGAAGUUAUAUACCCCAUAUUAAUACAAAGAAACUGA